UCUAUUCCACCCCAACAAGGUGAUUGGCGUCAGAAUGGGGAAAGAUGAGUGCUACGUCGGUUUCUUCUGCUCUCGCUACUGCCUCAGCCGCCACCGCCACCGCCACCGCAGCCACCUGCCUCCGCCGCAGUAAAUGCAUUUUCACGUCCAAGGCUUUUUCCGCGUCCUCGCAUUACCUCUACCCUUUUCUACUUCGAGUUGCAAAUGAUUCUAAAAGCACUGAAUUGUCUCCUGUUCCUGCCAUUGAAAAAUCAGAGGCUGAUAAGAUUGUGGAUGGCAUGGACUUUGGUGAGCUCUGCAAUGAGUUUGAGUGCAUUAGCAGCCCUUUGGUGGAAUCUACGGCAAGACAACUUGCCCGUGAUAUCCUCCAGCUUCGGGAAGGCAAUCGUGCUCUUGGAACCUAUGCAGUUUCUGUCAGAUACAGGGAUCCAGUUAGAAGUUUUACUGGUCGUGAAAAGUACAAGAGACUACUAUGGGCAACCAGUGCUCUAGAAAAUCCUACUGUGAAUGUGCAGGAAAUGGUGAUGUUAUCGACCAGUGUCCUGAGCAUCAAGUGGACAAUCAAAGGGAAGCCAAAAUCUUUUCUUGCUGGCAUAGCCUCAGAUUUGAUAAUAAGAGUUAAUUCUCAAUUCACUCUCAACCAAAUUAGUGGGCAAGUGAUUGAGCAUGAGGAGUUCUGGGAUUUGUCAUCUUCAUCGGCUAUUGCUCAGGCCUUCUUCUGGACAUCACGACGCCUUUUUGCGGCAACGGAGGCCGGAAAGGAUUUGGCUGAUGUUAUUAAGAACCUAGCAAGCCGUUUCUCAACCAAGAAAGAAAACUUGGAAAUGUAUCCAGACCCCUCAGGUGAUCCAACAAAGUUCUUUGAAAGGGAUGACAGCUUCCAAAGAGAUGCAUACCAAAUUGCACUACUUCUGGCAGUCCUAUAUUUGGUUGUUCAGUUUUUGAGGACAACCUUGUAAUAAUACCUGCCCUGCCUACAUGGAUAAUCAUAAUUAUGUUACAGAUAUUGUAUAUUGUUGUAUAAAUUAAAUUAAUCACACUCUUGGCUUUCA